UUUCCAUUUUCCAACGCUAGGAGGAUUUAUUUUUGGAAAACCUUCCUUAUCCCCAAGGAACCAUGGUUCCUGGCUUCACUCCGUAACCAUUGAAACCGAAAACUCAAACUCCAAAAACGAAAUGGCUGUUUCUUCCUCACAAAUUCUCUCUCCUUUACACUUCAACUUCUACUCUAACACCAAUGACACCAGCAAAAAGAUCUCUUUUUUAACUGCAAAUCCUCUUACCUUUAACAUCUCCUCCAAAUCCGCCAACACCAAAAAGGGCUCCUCCAUUAUCCUCUUUUCUUACAAAUCAGGAAGUGGAUUGACAGCUGAGGACAAGUGAAUUCUGCGUGAAAGAUAUGGUUUUGAUCCCAAUGAGUACUUGUCUGGGGAAAAGAAUAAAAGGAAAAAGGAAGGGAAGAAGAAAGGAAAAGUAAACGAAAUAGUAGCAGAGGAGGAAGCAAAGCCCCCUAGAACCACUCAUAAGUUGCUUCAGGUUCUUGGUGGAGAUGCUAAAAGAAAGAAGUUGCUCUCACCUAAAGGUAUGGAUGUCAGACCAAUGAUGGAAGUUGUAAAAGGUGCCGCCUUCGAUAUACUGCAGGCAGCUGAUGGUUGUCCUGCCUCUUUACGCCUGGGUCGCUGGUUAGACCUUUACAGUGGUACAGGCUCUGUUGGUAUAGAAGCUAUCAGCAGGGGAUGUUCUGAGGUGCAUUUUGUUGAGAUGGAUCCUUGGGUUAUUUCAAAUGUUCUGCGACCAAACCUGGAAUGUACUGGGUUUCUUGAUAUCUCAGUUAUACAUCCCGUUCGUGUUGAAACUUUCUUAGAACAUGCAGACCAAUUUGUAGGUAGUAACGGACCUUUUGAUUACAUCAGUGUAACACCUCCAUACACCCAAGUUGAUUAUGGAACACUAAUGGCUCAAAUUUCCAAGUCAGCUAUUGUUGGAGAAGACACCUUUAUUGUAGUGGAAUACCCAUUUAGGACGGACAUGCUGGAUUCCUGCGGAUGCCUUGGAAAGAUCAAGGAUCGAAGAUUUGGUCGGACACAUUUAGCAAUAUAUGGACCCAAAUGGGCACAGAAGAAAAGAAAUUCCGAUAAGACUCUUCAGAAUACAGCAUAGAAAGUUUAACUACAAGUUUACUAGUCGAAGGUGGAGCAUUUUCAAUUAUCACCAAAUUCCGCAUGCUUCAAUUGUUCUGAAACCAGAUGUAUCGAGCGUUCACGAUCUAUCGCUUCAUUGGUAUCGUUAUGCUUCUUUUGCCGCUUGAUCAGUAUGAGCCCUAAUCCCAUGGUGUGUCGAGCUGAUUUUGCAUAAAUUUUU